CUUCGCGGCUUCCGUAGACAUUUGCCUCAUCUCUAUGUUUGUGCUCAACUGUAUUCUGCGGCUGUGCUCUCCGCGGUCAGGAAAAACCGGUGUGCAGCUAUUUGUGAGCUAUGGAGCAGAUAAAUAAUCUCCAGGUGGUUCCAUGCACCGACUCCAAUUAUCUGAAACCCUUCAGAGUGCACUAUAGCCAGAAUGGAACAAAGAAGUACUGGGACUUCAUGCGCACCCACGAUAGUGUGUCGGUGCUGAUCUUCAACACCACCUCCCACUGCUUUGUCUUGGUCAAGCAGUUCCGCCCAGCUGUGUACAUGUGUGAAUGGGAGCGCAGCAAGCCCAAGCCCCCGGAGCCGGCCGAGCAGCCAGAGGGAGCGGAAGGGGCCGAGGCCGGCGCGGCGGCCCAGCCGGAGGCCUCCGAGGCUGGGGAGGGCGGCAGCGAUGGCGGGGAGAAAGCGGGCGAGGACGCCGCCGCCGCAGCGGCCCCUGGCCAGCCCCCGGUGUCGGCCGGCGUGACCUACGAGCUCUGCGCGGGGCUGGUGGACAAGCCCAACCUGACGCUGGAGGAGAUCGCCCGGCAGGAGGUUCUGGAGGAGUGCGGCUACGACGUGCCCGUCACUAAGCUGCGGAAGAUCACCUCCUACAGGUCGGGUGUGGGAGUGACUGGUGCCAAGCAGACCAUGUUCUACGCCGAGGUGUCGGAGGAGAACCGCGUGGGCGAGGGCGGAGGUCAGCCGCAGGAGGGCGAGCUGAUCGAGGUGGUCAAGGUCCCGCUGCACGAGGCCAUGAGCUUCGCAUACGACGAGCGGAUCCCCAAGACCAUGGGCGUCAUUUUCAGCUUCAUCUGGUUCCAAAGCAAUAUGUCGCCCAAAUACAAAAUAUCCACCAACGUGUAACGGCAGCAGAAAAAAAAAAAAAAAAAAACCUCCCUCACUCACCUUCUUCCCUUCUCCCCUCCCACCUUUAACUCCUCACCCCAGCCCCUCGAAACACUUACUGCACUGAUAUACCAGUCAUUCACCGCACAUACACACAUGCGCACACACACACGCGCACACACACACACCUUCUUCCUGACAUUAGCCACACUUCACUGUAAGUUACGGUCUGACUGGGCUGUCAUUUGGCAAUCAUGUUGUACAUUCAAGAGACUUAACAGUGGUUCAAUUUUAGUUUCUUUCAUUUUUCUUUAGCUGUGGUACUUCUGUAUAACGAAGCAAAAUAUCAAGUUUGAUGUUUCAUA